CGCAAUUCGUACAGCUACAAAAAAAAGUCCGGUGCCGCGGCUUGAUAUUUGUAAUUUGUUUUUUAUUGUAAAUGUUUGCCUAUUAAUUUUAUUACAGUAGUUUGCGUUUAAAAAGGCAUUAUGGUGCAAAACGACAAAGAAUCCUGGUCAUCAGAUGACACGAUUAGAGUUUUGAUAGCUUCAGACAUUCAUUUGGGCCACCUCGAAAAUGACGAUGUGCGUGGAGAAGAUAGCUUCAUUGCCUUCGAAGAAGUUCUUUCUCUAGCAGUUCAGUACGACGUCGACUUGGUUCUGCUGGGAGGGGACCUCUUUGACCAUGCGAAGCCAUCCCCGAGUUGUAUGUUUAAGUGCACUCAAAUCAUUCGAAAAUACUGCUUCGGUGAUAAACCCAUCAACAUAGAGGUACUAUCUGAUCAGUUUGAAAACUUCUCACGCAGUGUGAAUUACGAAGAUCCGAAUCUGAAUGUGUCGUAUCCCAUACUUUCGAUCCACGGCAACCACGACGACCCAGUCGGCCAGGACAGCGUAAGCUCCCUCGACAUAUUGUCCAUAACCGGUCUCGUUAAUUAUUUCGGAAGGUGGACCGACUACACUCACGUGCGCAUUUCGCCUGUGCUCAUACAGAAAGGCGAUACUAAACUGUCGCUUUAUGGGUUGAGCCACAUCAAGGAUCAAAGACUUGCAAGGCUUUUUGUAGAGAAGAAAGUAGAAAUGGAUCUUGUUGAAGAUGGUAACGAUUGGUUUAAUAUUUUAGUGCUCCACCAAAACAGAGCUGACAGAGGCCCCAAUAAUUUUAUACCUGAAAAUGUGCUGCCCUCAUUCCUAGACCUCGUCAUAUGGGGCCACGAGCAUGACAGUCAAGUAUUUGCCACCAAGGAUGUUAAGAGAGAAAAUGAAAGCUUCCUCGUAGUUCAGCCUGGAAGCACUGUGGCAACAUCCCUGGCGGCCGGUGAAGCACUGCCCAAGCAUUGUGCCCUGCUGCAACUGCACAGGAAGGAGUACAUUGUGACGCCCCUGCCAUUGAAAACCGUAAGACCCUUCAUAUUUAAGACUGUAGUGCUUUCAGAAGAAAACCUCGGUGAGGAAGAUGUCAAUGAAAAAGAGAAAGUACAAAACUUUCUAAAGGAAAAAGUCACCGAAGCCAUCAAGGAGGCUGAAUCUCUACACAGCGGGGAUCCAAAACAGCCAUCCCUGCCUCUCAUUAGGCUCAGUGUUUUUUAUGAACACGAAGGCCAAGAUUUUAAUCGGGUCAGGUUCUGUCAGAACUUCAACGGUCUUGUCGCCAAUCCUAAAGAUAUUCUCAUCAUGAAAAGAGAAAAGAAGCUAAGAGAGCGCAAGGAACGGAUCGAUGACUCCGAGGAAGUAGACAUCGGGGGCGCUGCAGCCGAGGCGACGGACGUGGAGUCCUUGUUGCGAGCCUACUACGAAGCGCAGCCGCCCGAGCGGCGCCUCGCCGUGCUGUCCGUGCGCUCGGUCACGGAAGCCGUCCGCGACUUCACGCUCAAGCGCGACGACGACGUCUUCCGCAGAGUCCUCGACGCUCACAAACAGCACUGCGUCGACUUUCUUUUGAAAUCCAACGCCGAGACGGCGGCCGAGGUGGAUGAGAAAUUAAAAUCAUGUAAGGAAGCACUCGACGCUGCCGACGAGGAGAGCCUGAAGACCUUGAUCUCGGCGGCGGCCACGGCGGCCGUGGCCGCCACUAAGAAGGCGGCCUCCAAGAGCGAGUCCAUCGUGCUGUCCAGCGACGAGGAGGCGGCGCCCAGCGCGCGCGGGCGGGGGCGCGGGGCGCGCGGCGGGCGGGCGCGGGGCGCGCGCGGGCGCGGGGCGCGGGGCGCACGGUCGCCGCCCGCGCCGCCGGCCGUGGAGCGGCGCAGCACGCCGCGCCGCUCGGCCGCGCAGAAGACCACGUCGUGGCUGCAGACGCUGGCCAGCGAGCGCACGACGCGCCGCCGCCGCGACUCGUCCGACAUCGAGAUCUCGGACGACUGACUUCCAUGUCGUCUCCUCCAUUCCCCAUAAUUUACGCAAUGUUCUCGGAACUGUCGAUUUCGAGAUCCUUUUAACGAUAGAUGUCUAAGUUUAAUAUAAGAAUUUACAAAUGUUUAUAAGUAAAUAUAUUUUUUUGGUGGAAUAACAAUAUCUCUGACGAAUACAUCGGAUCUUAUUAAAAUAGUCCUCGGAAUCCUUAGAGUAAUUUUAUAAAUGGGAUAGUGUGCUGGUUUAAUCACACAGCAACAGAGAUACAGAAUGAUGUGAUAUUUGCAUAGCACAGAGCACUCGGUUACAGAACAGUCGGUUUUGCACGCACUACAAAGGGCGCGUAUGAACCAGCUGCGAACUUUGUAACGGAGUCGGUUAUAGCAGUAAUUUUAUACCUUAUUUCGUAAAAAUAUUGUUUAAGUUGGAAAAUAAAAAUAUUUUCUUAAA